AUACAAACUAUACACAAUGUCGCCAACAACAGCUGACACUACAUCCACAUAUGACCUAGGUACUCGUGGUACCCACAACAUCGCCAAAGGAGGAAAGCACCCAUAUGCCCUCCCCAAAUUUACCGACAAAUCAGAAGAACGUAAAUGGGCCUUGCAACAUAUGGCCGGUGCAUUCAGAGUGUUUGCUCGUAAGGGAUAUACCGAAGGAACAGCAGGACACAUAUCUAUCCGUGAUCCCAUCGACCCCGACACCUUCUGGAUCAACCCCUUGGGCAAACACUUUGGACUUCUCAAAGCUAGCGAUAUGGUUCAUGUGGACGAAGACGGGAAUGUGUUGCCUGAUGGAAACCAAGCACCUAUUAAUGCGGCUGGGUUUGCCAUUCAUAGUGCAUUACACAAGGAGAGACCUGAUGUUAAUGCUGCAUGCCAUACCCAUUCAACAUACGGUAAGGCAUGGUCGGCCAUGGGUAAGGAAUUAGACAUGAUCAACCAAGACGUGUGCGCAUUCUACAAGAGUCAUUCUGUGUUUAGUGAUUUUGGUGGGGUUGCAUUAGAGGCAGCAGAAGGGAUCAAAAUUGCCAAGGCAAUUGGGGAUGGUAAAGCUGCGAUUUUACAAAACCACGGACUUUUAACCGUAGGUGGCACCGUUGACGCCGCAGCGUAUUUGUUCACAUUGUUAGAAAAGAGUUGUCAGGUGCAAUUAAGUGCACAAGCUGCGUUGUUACCGGGUGAAUCGCUCAAGAUUAUCGAGGAUAAAGUAGCAGAAUAUUGUGAGUACAAAGAUGCUGACCCUGAAACUUUGUAUACUGAAUUCCAGCCUGAUUUGGAGAUGGAAAUAUACUUGAAUGGUGAUUUCUUGUAGGUGUGUAGAGUAGCACGAUAUUAAUAAACAAGUUAUGAUGUA